AUGUCGCGAUCCUUCCUCGUCGACACGCUCAUCAGCGACACGCCGAAGAGACCCGAGAGCGACCCUCUCCAUCCGUACUCCACUCUGAUUGGUCAGCACCUGGACGCUCGGCCCAAGUUCCUCCCGUACCCGUACCCCGGCAACUUGAACAACCUGCUGAGCCUGAGUUUCCAGCACCCGCAGCGCUCGCAGGAACUGUUUAGACCCUUUCUGGAGCACCUGAGCUUCCGCUACCCGCUGCUGCAGCCGCGCCCCGAGUACUACAGCGAGCCUCACUACGAGCCACGCCCAGACCACACCGUGCUGAAGACAGAGAUAGAAGAGCCAAUCAGCUUCGUCAACAGAAGAAAGAAGUCUGUUUCCCCGUACCUGCAUCAUCCGUACAAGAAUGUGAUAUCGCCGUCGAAGAGUCAGGGUCAAAGAUCUCCUUCUCUCUCGAGUGACAGCCGGAACGGCACGCCGAGCCCACCGCUGGCGCAUCCUGAGGAGCUGCUGCCGGGGUACUCCAAGGAGCUGAAGCGAGUCCCGCUCAAAGAAGACUCCAGCAAACGCAUCAGAACCGCCUUCACGGGCACACAGCUUCUGGAACUAGAACGUGAGUUCUCCACCAACAUGUACCUAUCGCGGCUGAGGCGCAUCGAGAUCGCCACCAGGCUGAGACUGUCGGAGAAACAAGUGAAGAUCUGGUUCCAGAACCGCCGCGUCAAGCUGAAGAAGGAGGAGGCGCCGGCGGGGGCGGGCGCGGGGGGGUGCGAGGGGAAGGCCAAGAAGUGCUGCUGCUCCAAGUCCUCAUGCUCUUCUAAGAACCAGUCGGACGCGUCGUGCGACAACGAACACGAGCAGAUCGACGUCGUCAGUGACAACGACACCAGCCAGUGGGAUUGAACUGUUGAACUACGUUUUUAGAAAAAGAAUGAUAACUUUUUGUGUAAAUUGAACCUUUGAAAAUCGAAAAUCUAUUUUAGAUUAUAGGAUGAUUACGAGAUACGUUUGUGAUUUUAAAAGUAAGUUUACGAAACUGAAGUCGGAUAACAUGUGUUUCUCAAGGUAUUAGAAGGAGUUUGUAAAUAGAACGGUAAUUUAUAUAAAAAGUAAAUGUAAAAUCUA